AAUAAGACCUUGCCCGGUAUUUAUUCAAUAUUCAACGAUAUUAUAUCGUAAAUAUCGGAGCCGAAGCCUGCCUAGCAGCAAUAUGACCGUGGAAAUUUGUACCGCAUUCAGCAAAGGUAACGAUUAUCAGUACGCUGGCCUCGAAUAUUAUGGAGAAUGUUUUUGCGGCGCUUCUGUAAAUGGACCUCAAGUGAACGAAUCUUUUUGCUCGGAUCCUUGUGCCGGAGACACAUCUGAGAUUUGUGGAGGUACCGACUAUGUAUCAGUGUACCAAGACCCAACAUAUCCCGUCGAGAACAAUUCCACAAUUUCAGACUAUAAGCCUCUAGGUUGCUAUACCGAUCUCACAGAUACCGGAAGGACACUGCCAUGGCAGCAAAGCCAACUUAAUGCUUCAAGUAUGACUGUUGAGUCUUGUCUCUUUGCUUGCAAAGAUGGGGGGUAUGCAUUUGCUGGAGUCGAAUUUGGCCAACAAUGCUUCUGCGGCGUUGUCUUGGGCAAUUCAACGUCAAAAGUUGAUCUCAGUGAAUGCAACACUCCUUGUACAGGCAACAGCUCAGAGAGUUGUGGGGAUGCUGCUCUUCUGAACUUGUAUGUUGCUGCGGAUAUCGAAUCGACGGAACCAUGCACUGGAGGCACUCCGCCUCCUUCAAGCACCACCAGCUCAACUCCAACUCCAACUUUGUGCACCUCAACCGUUACUGUGUCUUCAACACCGAAGUAUGAAUACAACUGCGGUGAGUGGUGUUCCACUCCUAUUCCGCCCUUCACCAACCCAGAAUUAUGCACAUCGGCUGUCGGCGCUUGCACGGUUCAAGUGGCCUCCUGCUUUCUGAAUGCUGGCUUCCCAGCUUCUCUAAGAUGCUUUGAAUUUGGCGCAUGGUGCGAUAAGAUCAGCACCUACUGCUCCAGCUUCUGUCCUGGAAAUUCGUGCUCAGCUUUGAGCUGCAAAUCCAAGUAUCCUCCCCAAGGAUAUCAAUCGCCAACUCCCACGAUCUCAACGUCUGUCUUCACCUGCUCACCCACCUCCAAAACGACAUCGACAUCGUCCACAACUUCGUGUGUUCCAGUCCCAACCACCGGUAACGUCUGUAAACAACCAAACAGUCCUACGAAGGGUUACACUUCUUCAAGUCCAGUCGGAAACAUUCCCCUUCCUGUCUUGACCUGCAAUAAUUUAUACUCCGACUACGUCCAACAUCCCUUCAAGCUCUACACAUCAUCUGAUACGACGCAGUGCAAAUCCUACAUCCCAGGAUCUUCCGGCUCCAGUUCAGUAUGCCAAGGCUGUAAAGACGCCUGCGACUCUCAAUACUCGAGUUGCACCACGACUUAUGCUCAGAGCUGCAAGGGCAAUUCCGGUUCUGGAGGGCAGGAUACUUAUAGCAGCGCUACCACGAAGUGUACCGAUCAGUGGACAGACUGCUACGCUGCUAAUUCCGGUGUCAGCGGGAGCGGGCGUUGUGGGUCGUGGAACUCAGGAUGGAGUAAGUGAUGACGGAUAUGACGAGGAAUUGUUUGCCAAGGUUCGGAAUGUGGACGUACGUUGAAGCCGGAUUGAUGGAUCAUGUAACAUGAGAAAGCACUUGCUGUGUCUGACCUUCCUUUUGAUAGUCACCAGAGUAGAUUUGAACUCCCUAAUACAAUGAUAUAAUUG